ACAUGCAACUACACAGACACAAGAGAGAGAGACGCAGAGAAACAGAGACGGAGGGAGUUACUGUGACAAACGGGAAGUAUUUCAGAGAGGCACUGAGUUAGCCACCUGUGAGCUCCACACACACUUCAGUGUUCAGUGACAGCAGUUCACUGCGAGAGAGGUGGAGGAGCAGGUUAGGUGUAGCAACUUUAUAGAUUCCCGAUGGCGUCUGGUCCUGGUAGCAGAGUGGAGGAACAGCCACCAGCUCUGCCUGCCAAACAGCACAGGCUCCUUUCCUCCAGAUGCUCCAGUGUGGAGUUGGACUGUGCGAUGCUGAGCCCUGUUGCACUCCACUAUCAAAACUACACAUGCGACGAAGUCUUCCCCGAACCCACUGACUGUCAUGCCACCCAGUGCCCCAUACACCAGCGCUACGAUCCCUCCAGACACCAGGUGAGAUUUUUCUCCGAUGGCACCCCGCCGCCUGUUCCAAAGAAGAGGUUGGCUCGCACCCUCUCCCUCCCUGGCAACAAUGCGCCUCAACUCUCUCCUCUGUCUCCACUGCAAAUACACCCUCAAAACUUCGACAACCCCCUGUACAUGCUGGCACCCAUACCCGACACCCGAUUCGACGAGGACGCAGAAGAGUUCGGAGCAUCCACUGGGAGUCCUGUCCCCUUGCUGUCCUUCUCCCAGCUGUCCUUUGACACCCCGGACGAACACCUGCCCUACCUCUUCGGCGGGUUUGACAACCAGAGGAUCGUUUCUCAGGGGAUCCAGUGUCGACAUUUACUCUUUCUGAGGAGCACGGCUCAGAGCGUGGAGGCUGGGAUCACGCUGCAGGGAGGGGCCACGGAGAGGGACGUCAGCUCAUACCGGCCUCAGGAUUUCCUGCUGCGUGAGGGCAACGAGCCAGAACAGAUCGGAGACACGGUUUACUAUAGCCUGCACAGCCCCAAGCUCCCAGGAAGGAUGCUUGGUUUAAGGGUACUCAAACAGCCUGAUGGAGCUUCAUCAGAUCAAACCAAACACAAGCCGUCACACGUCAACGUGCAAGAUGUUAUCGCUCAUUUCCAAGGAAGCAGCUCCCUGAGGAAUGAUUCCAGAAAUUUUCAAACUCAAGACCCCUCUCAUCCUUUUAAGUCAGACUGCACUGCUGCUCAACCACGAGGUGGAGGCAGCAGUGAGUGUGCAGCAGCUCAUGUAAGCAUUAAUCUGACCUCAGUUCAGUCUUUCCUCCAGAAAGGGCUCCUGGUGAGCGUGGAGAGAGACCUGCCUCGCGCCACUCUAGAGGACUUCGUUCAGGACCACAGCUCGCUGCAGAGCACAGAUUGUUCGCAUUAUGACAGACGGGUAUGUGCUCUGCUGCUGCAGAUAUUAACGGGCUCACAACAUCUGUACAACAUCAGCGCCACCGCAGUUGAGCUCAGACCUCGGAGGAUCUUUUUAGUGUGGCCCAGCAGGGAGAAUGAAGAGGGAGAAAAGGAGCUAGAACACGACGCCUCUGAAACGGAGAGAGGCCACAAGAGCAGCAGAUGGAAAGAGGAAAUGGAGUGGGGAAACACGGAGGAAAAAGGAAAGAUCCAGAUGUUAUGGAGGACACACGGUUCCCCUCGUGUGGUGUUAACACCGCUAUCGCCUGCUACAUCCGUACCUAACCCCCUCAGCUACAUCAAAUCUCAGAUAGGAGCCUUAAUUCAAUACUGCCUCCACUCACAAGACAGCCUGACACCUCUGGACUCAGGUCCAAACAUGUCCACGUCCUCACACCGAAGGGGCUUGUUUACCUGGCCUCUCGGCUGCAGAGUGAGCGCAGCGGGCCACAGAUGGCCGACAUGGUGGCCCUGCUUCAGGUUCUCCUCUGGGGGCCGCAUGUCUCACUCUUCAAACACAGAGGCUCCAUGACCACCGCCGUGCACAACUGGCUGACGGUGAAGCGAGCUCUGCUGGUGAUGAAGUUGGCAGAGAGAGGGCUGAUCCAGGAUCAGUCUGCUCUGGAUUGGGAGGACUGCAUGUGCCUGCAGUACCUGUCGUUUGCAGACCCUGAGACAGUUGUGAGCAUCACUAGUCAGCUAUGGCUCUGAAAAAGGACAGUCCAUGUUGAAAUUAUAAAGCUACAGUCCAACAUAGCAAGCUGUAAACUGUCAUACUGUAUUAUGUACAAAUAAUACAAAAAUACAUGAAGAAUGUGAAUUAGGGCACAAUAUAAUGCUCCUCAAUGAAAAAUUGAUUUAACAAAUUGCUGCAUAAUCAUAAAAAAGGUGUUUUCUCAAUCAGCUCUUUACGCUAAGUGAUGGAAUUGUAAAUUAACAAACUAUUUUUGUACUUCUGUUUUUCUCUACCAUUUAAAUUAUUGUGCGAAAGUUCUCUUGCUUGUUCUCAGUAAAUCAAUUGUACAUUUUUUCUUAA